AUGGGCUUAUUAGAUAUAAUCAAAUCAUUCAAAUCAAACAAUGGACGCGAAAUUCGGAUAUUAUUGCUCGGUCUCGAUAAUGCCGGUAAAACGACAUUACUUAAGCAAAUAUCUACAGAAGAUAUCAAUAACGUCGUUCCAACCAAGGGUUUUAAUGUGAAAUCCGUUGUUACUAACGGCGAUAUUCGACUUAACGUCUGGGAUAUUGGCGGCCAGCGAGCAAUCAGACCAUUCUGGUCAAACUAUUUUGAUAAUACGGAUGCAUUGAUCUAUGUAAUCGAUAGUAGCGAUCGUAAAAGAUUUGAUGAGACGGGGAUGGAACUAAUGGAGUUAUUGGAAGAAGAAAAAUUGGACAAAGUUCCUGUCCUCAUUUUUGCCAACAAACAGGAUUUGCCAACAUCAGCUAAAGCUUCCGAAAUAUCAGCACGCUUGAAACUGACAGAAGUUCGUGAUCGAGCAUGGCAAAUAGCUGCCUGUUCUGCUAUAUCUGGGGAAGGCGUUAGUGAAGGAAUUAGAUGGACCCUGACAACUUCAACUAGCGUUUCAGAAGAAGAGUUCUUAGCUGAAGUACAAGGAGCAGUAGAAUUACUUUAUCAAGCUGAUCACUUCCAAUACUUCUUCACUGAUCGCGAUGGAACAUUGAAAAGUUAUUCCUGCUCUUAUCCUAGUAGUAUUCAGCCAGCAUACUCUGGAGUUAUUCAGGCUCAGUUUGCACGUCGUUGUGCUCAAACUUGUUGUAUCCUUACAACUGCUCCACUCAUGCACAUUGGAAUCCUCGAUGUAUCAACCAUUCCACCCGGAUAUUAUUAUUAUGGAGCUUCAGGAGGACGUGAAUGGUUUAUUGAUCCUACUAAUAAGUUCAAAGACACGAGUAUUCCGGAGAAUCAUCUAGCAAUUUUAGAUAGUGUGUUCACAGAAAUAUCUCAACUGCUUGAAGAACACGAGUUCAAGCCAUUCACUUGGGUGGGAUCAGGGUUGCAGAAACAUUAUGGGCACUUGACUAUUGCUCACCAAGAUAUCUAUGGAUCUGUUGGAAAGGCUCAAAGUGACAGAUUAUUUGCUGAAAUUUCAAAGAUUUCUGAACGAUCUGAUAGAGCUGGAAACAUUCUGACUGUCAAUAGAACUGAUCUUGAUAUAAAAAUUUUGUUAAAAGCAAAAGAAUCAGGAAAAGUUUGGAACAAAGGUCAUGGAUUGCAAUUACUCUGCGAAAAGAUGCACUGCGUUUUGAAGGAGGGAAAUUUGUUGAUAUGCGGAGAUUCGCUCUCGGAUCUACCCAUGCUAGAGGAAUGUCUUCUUCAAAAUCCCCUAGGUGUCUAUACAAUUUGGGUAACCACAGAUGUGAAUUUACGUAAGCAGGUAACUGAUCUCUGUUCAUCCUAUGGUAAUGAUCAUGUCGCAUUCGUUUCUUGCCCUGAGGUUUUACUUGGAGCAAUGGCUCAAGCAACUAUACGAGAAAUCAAUAUUGAUCGUCAUUCUGAUAAUCAGACGGAUUAA